AUGGGCGGAUGGGGCGGAUGCGCUUGGCAGGAGGAUGGAACUGGUAGCGGCGGUAACAGCGUGUCCUUCGCGCUGUGGGAGGAAAGGUUCGCCAGACCAGGCAGAGGCACCCGCACCCUCACGACCUCGGACCAGAAGGCGGACGAGGUGAUUACGUCAUCGCUGCCGCUGGAAAGGAAGGUCUUGUCGGAGGGCGGAGAGGAGCGGACUACCUCGCCCUUGCCCGAAGAGUCGAGACCGAGAAGUCAGCAAGAUCUUCAGAGGUCAGAAGCUUGGCCGGAGGAAGGUGCCGAGGACAGCGCUCCUGACUUCGGAAGGCGCAAGAGUGAGGGGCAAGUGCGCUCCAGAGGCCGCCGGAAGACGGUAGGGAGGGCAAUGACAUCCGAACAGCCCCGAGCUUCAGAAUCUGGCGAUCCGCGAAAUAGAAGCAAAAGCAAAGGUGCCAGGACGGGAGACGAAGCAGAAAGCGAGGAGAUCUUGAGGCGAAAGAAGGGCAGGCGGCAGACGCUGGGAGCUUCAAGGCUUGCAAGCCCAGCUGAGGAUGACGUGAAGGCGCCGGAGAGAAGUCGAAGCGGCGUAAGCAGGAGCGAGCACGAAGCUUCGGAGCAAAAGGACACGAGCCAGAAGGCCCCCACAAGACGCACGCUAACAAUUCCUGACAGGCUUGGUGAAUCUCAUCAGGACUCUCGAGGCUCGAGUCGCUCCCCGUCGGCUUCAAGGGAUACCUCCCCUUCCAGGCCAAGCUCUGCGGGCAAGGAGCGUCCGCGACCAGGCCUUGCAAAGGCGUCGCUGUUCUUGAAAGCUUUGGCGGGCAAGAAGGAGGCUUCUCCAACCCAGGCCGAUGCGUCGACGUCUCUGGCGCCCGGGCGCAGCGGCUCGGCGCGGCCGAGCUUCAAGGCGGCGGUGGACUUCGCCUCUAUGGUGAAGCGGAAGAAGAGCAAGAAGAAAACUGUCGUUGAAGAAGAGAAGCCGGACGCCGCUCCACCGCCCGCGCGCGACAUUGAACUCAUCAGGAAGACCUUCAGCUCUGCUCGGCGGGCCAUGAUGAUGAGGGCUCCGGCGCAUCUCUCCUCGCGGGACACGCUGAAGCUGGCCAUCCGAGCUGUGGGGAAAGCCGCGAAACUGGUGAUGCAGGCGCGACGCGCCAAAGCCAUACACAUCAUGCGCACCUUCGUGGCGGCCAAGCGCCGGGCGGAUUUCGAGAAGGAGCAGGAGGCCUUCAACCCACAGGUUCAGAUGGACGACAUCAUGGAGGAACAUGUGACCACCAUCUUCUGGCAGCUGGUGCUCUUCCGCGUGGACGGCUACGACCUGGUGGUCCCCGAGCUGCUGAAAGCCUUCGCGGAGCCGAACGCCAACGUCCCCGAGGCCAUGCCGGAGCUCCGGAAAGUCCUGGAGGCCCACCUCAGGAACCUGGAGCAGGAGGUGGAGGAUGCGGUGCUGGCAGGAGAUCACGAUGCCUCCCAAACCGCCAGUCAGACGAAGAAGACGUACAAAGUGGCCCUUGAGAAGAUCAUGGAGGAGGCAUCUACCAUCCGGUCCUUGGUGGUCUACUCUCGCACCAUCUCCAGGAUGGGGCGCAUGGAAAGGUCGGAGAGGGCGGUGAAGGUGAACAGUGACGAGUUGCUCUCGCGGAUCAUGCAGCUUGAUGUGACCAAGAAUCUCCUUAGCAAUUGGAACGACGAGGACGAAAGACCCAUCAGGGUGCCGAGAAGACGUCGGAAGAAGGCGGUACGCGUGGAGGACGAGGAGGUCGAGGUUCAAGAGGUAAAGCCAGACUCCGACAGCUCACGAACCAGCGAGUCCAGCCAGUCCAGCCAGUCCAGCCAGUCCAGCGAGUCCGAGGAGCAGGAGGAUCAGGACCAGGAGGACCAGAAAGAGGAGGAAGAGGAAAAUCAAGACGCGAGUCACACACAGCUCUUUGAUGAGAUCUUGGCAGGCACCCUGCGAGAAGACCUGUACACGCCUACGGCGCCAAGCACGGAGUGCCCUGAGGAGGAGUCGCGGCUCACGCCUCUGGACCUCACAGGUCCCACGCCGACGCCUCUGCCGCCGCUGCCCGAGCUGGAGCACCUGGAAGAGGUCCCCGAGGCCCACCGGAGCUUCACGGACAGGCUCAGCCUGGCGCGACAGGCGAGCAGAGGCUCCCAGCAGCGGAGCGGCGUGGAGGGCGUGGAGGGCGCGGCCGAUGCCGAGGCUAUGGCACUUCGGAGCUCGAGUUACGGGCCGAGCAUCGUGCGGCAGGCGAGCCGUAGCUCGAAGCAGUCUGAGCACCCAUCCGAGCCUUUCCCCAGCCGCAGCCACAGCAAGCGGAGCGGCGUGUCGGAGAGCGUGUCUGAUGAGGCCUGGGAUGUGGAGAGCCGCGUUGCCACAGUGGAGUUCUCUUGGGACUGGCAGGAAGUGCUGAACCAGUACAUGGACGAAGGCCAUCCGGAGGACUUCGUGAUUGAGGACAAUCAAGGCUUGGAGCUUGCGGAGGAUCCAGAAGUGUCCGACUUCCCGCUGACUGUGCACAAGAAGGUGAGCGACAAUGAUGAGUUGCAGAAAGAAGCCGAGGGUAGGCCAAGGCGGAAACUGAAGGUGAGGAGCGGCCGCAGGAGCAGUGCCUCCUUUCAAUGGCAGGUGGAUGAAGAGCCUGCGCAGCCGGCAUCGCUGCCUACGCCGCAGCCUACACCGCAGCCUGCACUGCAGCCCCUGCAGCCUGUGCCGCAGAUUACCUUGCAGCCUUCACAGCCUCAGGAGACGCACACCCAGGAGCUGCCUGCACUGGAGGAAGGCAGUGAAGAAAGUCAGAGGACAGCUUCGUGCGCGGACUUCGAGUGGCUGCAGGAGUCGGCGCUGCCGCGGAAGGUGAAGCUGCAGCUUUGGAAGUUCCGCGCUCAUUCCAAGGAACGAGCAGUUAAGUACAUCCCCUGUUGGACGGAAACAAGGUGUGCAACAGCAUCGCCCAGACCCCCGAAGGACAGGAUGAUACUGAGUGCACGCUCGGCGCCCUGCGACGGGUAA